AUAAUCGAGGGUGAGGGCAGUGGGUAGCCCAAAAUCUGAAAACGCCGAACAGAGCAGGGAGAGACUUGAGAGAAUGGGGAAGACGCUUGGACCGACAGGGGAAUUCUUCAAGAGGAGGGACGAGUGGAGGAAGCAUCCGAUGCUCGGCAAUCAGCUCCGCCACGCAACCCCUGGGCUAGGCAUCGCCCUCGUCGCCUUUGGCAUUUAUCUGGUCGGGGAACAGGUCUACAAUAGGGUUUAUGCUCCUUCCUCCUCUCACAAUCAUCAGCAACAAUCUUCUUCUCACUCUCAUUGAGAUCAGAUAGUCAAUGUUGCAGGUGUGGAUGCUCAAUGGGAAGAACAUAGUUUGGACAUUGCCAUGUUUCAGUUUCCGUCUGUAGUUUGCUGUAAUAAGCUUCGUACUCGUACUGACAUAAAACGGACUUGCUUCAAGUUUGAUUAUUGAACCUUGUACUGGAGCUAUUCUCUAUAAUCUUUAUAUGUUUCCUGUUCA